GAGAAGACAAAGGAAUUGGCACAGAAGCAAGCUCAGCAUCAGGACCCGGCCUCCCUGUCUCUCCUGUCCAUCAGUGAUCUGAUCCCAGACCUGCAGGUCGUAUUCUUCUGGAUGUCCAACAGUAUAGAGAUCCUCUACUUCAUCCAACAGAAGGCCCCAGCAUACACACAGGGCAUAGAGACGCUCGACUCUAAAGGUUCCAAGGAGUCGUUGCUAUCGGCGACCAUCUCAGCCAAUGAGGAGGCUAUGACCAUCCUGGAGGAAGUGAUCAUGUACACCUUCCAGCAAUGUGUCUACUACAUCACCAAGUCCCUGUACGUAGUACUUCCUGGUCUACUGGACUGUAACCCAUUCCCAGUGGACAGCUCUGAACCCUGCUGGAGAGGAGGUACAGGGUUUCCUGAGCCCGUUCGCAGGGUCCUGCAGGUGUUCCAGUACAGUCAGGAGCUACUCCAGGGGUACCAGGUCCACCCAGAGGUCCAGGCCCAGAUGUUCUCCUACCUCUUCUUCUUCUCCAACGUAUCUCUCUUCAACCAGCUCAUGGACAAGGGUCCGUCGCGGGGCUGGUUCCAGCGCUCUAAGGUUCUCCAGGUACAGGCCUGUGUCAGGAUGGUUCUAGAGUGGACUAGGAAGGCGGGGCUUAGUUACCUGGCAGAUAAGUUCUUCAACAAGUUCAACAGCGCUGUCAGCAUCCUGGCCACACCUCCUCAGCAGCUAACACAGAUGAGUUGGAAGGUGCUGUGUGCAGACCACCCCAGUCUGAAGCCCGUUCAGCUGCAUGGCCUGUUGACUCAGUACCAGUUGACAGCUGAGAUGGGGCCUGUUCCAAUCUGGCAGCCCAGCAGUGAGGAUGAGGCAUACAUAUACAGGACAGUGGACCUUUUGGAGAGUUUCGAGAACCACCCCCCCAUCGUCCUGCCCAGCGGGGGGUUCAGAGUGGACCUGGACAGUGACUGUCUAGAGGACAGCAUCUAUAGGCAGCUACUCUAUGUCAAACACUUCCUCUGGGGGCUACGCACACACACCCACCCCACUGUCAACAACACACACACUCACACACACCCCGCUGUCAACAGCACACACACUAGGGAGUUCCCUCCGUCCCACAACAGUCCCCGGUCAGGAGGGGUGGAGGAAUGGGUGAGGGACAGAACCCCAGGCCAAUGUCACAACAGUGUGAGGAGAAAUGGCACCGCCCCCCACCUCCGGCCGACCAACCAGGACCCUUCGUGCCUCCUGACUUCGCCCAACACGCCCCGGAACCCGGAAGGGGGUGGGGCUGACCUGGUUGGACACGCCCCCCAGGGACCCUACGGACUGGGCAUGGGACUCAUAGACGGACUGCACACGCCUCUGAAUGCUCCAGGGAUCUAUAUCAGAACUCUGAUACCAGACGGUCCGGCGGAGUCUGACGGGAGGCUGAGGAUUGGAGACCGGAUACUAGCGGUUAACGGGACCAGCCUGAUAGGAGCAGACUACCAGAGUGCUGUGGAUCUGAUUCGUCUAGGCGGAGGACGUCUGCGUUUCCUGGUGGCCAAGUCAGACCUGGAGGUCUCAGAGAAGAUCAGCGCUUCGUCCUGCUGACUGGAGGGAACGGCGGGAAUCUCCAGGGAAACCGCUGCCCCCACAGCUCUACCAGGAGAGACGAGGAAGAGAGGAGAUGGAUUCCAGGGAACCGCUGCCCCCACAGCUCCACCAGGAGAGACGAGGAGAUGGAUUCCAGGGAACCGCUGCCCCCACAGCUCUACCAGGGAGA